AAGUGAAAUGAAUUUGUUAUGACCUGAUGCCAUCCAGCUGAGCAUGUGGUGAUCCCUGGUUUGCGUCAGCUUGUGCAAACAGAUGACAGCGAGGGCUACUAUAAAAGCGACAGCCUGGGCAGUAGGAGCACAUUACCUCUGAGCACUGCCCUCUCCUGCCUGUGUCUAGGAAAGCAGCUCCUGCCUGAAAGCUAUGUACAGUGGAAUAUGCAUCUGUGUACUACUUGCUGUGCUGUCUGCAAGUUCCACGGGACAGCAAACAGUGGGCUCUAUGAAUGAAGAUCCUGGGGCCCGUGAACUAGAACAGCAGAACAUAUUACAGCACCCACGACAUAUCCGUGCCUCCUCUUCAGGCCAGUUAAAGCCCCUCCAGCGCAUUGAUGGAAAUGGUGACCAAAAAGCCAUUUUUGGAGCAAUGUUGGCUAAAUAUCUUCAGACCAGGAAAGGAUCUUCUACAGGACGGUAUGCUGUUCUGCCAAACAGACCCGUCAUUGAUCCCACCCACCGGAUAAAUGACAGAGAUUACAUGGGCUGGAUGGAUUUUGGUCGUCGUAGUGCUGAAGAAUAUGAAUACUCUUCUUAAAACACCCUCACCUUUAAUGCAGGCUCCAUUUUCUGUACAUACAAAAUAAAUUAAUUUGUUGUCUUUACAAAUCAGUGUUUUAAACAUAUAUUUAUUAUGUACUUGUUGUAAAUUUGUUUGUACAACUAAACAAUGAAAUACACACUUGCAGAAUUUUCCAGAAAAGAUUAUCUUCUUAAUUUCGUCUUUUUUCAAGUGUUUCUUUAAAGUUCUUUUCAUGAUACUGAUAUCCCAUAUUAAAAAUUAUUUCGUUU